AUGGAUCCUUACAACAACAAUCAUAACAACUACUUCCUGCCUUGGGGCAGCGAAGAUGGAAACCAUCACGAUCAAAGGCCCGACAAUCACAACAACAAUCACAACUGCUACUAUUACCCUCCCGUUCCGACCGGUUAUUCUGUUCCUCCUGUUCCUCCUGGUCCUCCCGGUCCUCCCGGCCCUCCCGGUCCUCCUAGUCCUCCUGGUCCUCCUGGUCUUCCUAGUCUUCCUGAUCCUCCCGUUUCUCGUGGUUCUAUGGCAAUCUGUCCUGGUGCCUUGUUCAUUCCUCCUACAGCUCCCGCCCCUCCCGUCCAGCAGACCAUGUCCACAAAGGCUCACUGGAAGUGCCGACUUUGCGGCUCCCGCAGGUUCACCUCGCUUUCGAAGAACCAGCGACACCCUCGAGACAAGUGCCGCGCUCCACUCUCCAAUCCCCGUCGCAUCGUUCAGCACUACGCCACGAUGCACUUUGAGCACAGCGAGCUGGAGCGCUGCAACGAGCUGGCCGACUGUCUUGAGGCCAAUCGCGCUUUCUUCGCUCCCUGGAUGGAACGGCGUCUGCGGGAGUGUGGCCUCGAUGCUAGCCAGGACGUUAACCAUGCGAUCUACCACCUUCGUCGUUCGGGCAAAAUGCUCAUCACACUGCGGAAGGUUGCUUUUUGCGCUCCCAAGGAAGUUGCUCCGACUUCCAACGUGGAGGAUUCUGCUCCAGCUCCCGGCGAGGAGGAAAUCCAGUAG